AUUGGAAUGCUUCCGGUUGCAAGUAUCCGGUUUUAAAUUCGGUCCCCGUACUUUCAGCUUAAUAUUAAUAGUGUGUUGAAGCAUGGAUAAAAUCUGCCGAAGUCAACUGCCGGAUUCAUCAUCAUCGCCUCCGCUAAGUGGACUAAAUUUCCAUAACUUUGACGAGGAUCUCAUCUCGGAUUUACCGUCAUGUGUUUAUGCAAAUCAUCAGCUUGGAGCAGCAACGGCGACCACCGCCAGCACCGCCAAUCUCCGGUUAAAUACCAAUAGUCUGAGGCAGAUUCAGCAUCAAUAUCUGCAUCAUACUGAUUGCUUGGAUUCAGCGGGCGGAACUGGUCCAUCGCUUUCCAAUACGAUCGGUCAUCCGUACAGUACGGCACCAUAUAAAAUUCAACGCCAGCAAACCAACGUCAGAGAGCGGAAACGGAUACUGAGGUCAGCUCCGAAUGGCAGCAUAAACUCCGCGUUUGAUGAGCUACGUGUGCACGUUCCAACGUUCCCCUACGAGAAGCGACUAAGCAAAAUAGAUACUCUUCGAUUGGCAAUCGCGUACAUUGCUUUGCUGAGAGAAGUUCUUGAAGCUGAUUACGAUCCACUAACCUACGUGGAGAAAUGUCUGCGCGGAGAAAUUAAAGCCGAUCACGCCCAUUGGAAUACGAGUGAUCUGACCGCUCGUCUCUCCUGGAUUAACUGGGAAAAUUUGGGUGUUCAUCCGGGAAGACGCACCAUAUUGACGUCCCUGGCACUGGGAUCAUCAGAGAGCCUGGGAUGUGGUCCACCUCCCCAUCUCAUCUAAACGAUGCAAUGAAUACCGUUUUAAGAAUGGAUGUUUAACGUUUUGUCUUCCUCCAAUGAAAUUCUAGUCAUAGUCUAGGUCUAAUCGUACCAAUAGAUUUUUAUUUUUUCUUUGUGAUAUUAUUUUAGUACAUUUGUUUCUCAUUUUUAUGUCUUGUUGAAAUACAUUUGUUUGCAAAUAAGAAAUGUGUGUCUUCGCUCUAUUACUCAACCGAGAAAUGAUUCAAUAAAUUAUUGAAAAUUAUUUGAUAUUCUAUUA